AUGGCACAUGUUACGGGUUUAUUAGGGGGUUAUAAACUAUCUGUUGUGCGAAAAAUGGAUGUUACCAAUAAACUAACGAACGUUAGUUCGGGUGGUGAAUUUACGACUCGUGAAAUAAAAGUACACGGUGGUACAUUUUACAGCGGUAUAGAUUUUGGUGUGACACGUGGGAAAACAGUUCGUCAUUAUUAUACGCUAAAACGCUAUUUAUUAUUUGAGCGUUUUGAACAGUUGGCAAAUAACAAGAUAAUAAUUCCUGUCUCGAAUUCAACUGUUAAAACACCGCUACCCAAUUGUUUAUUAACCAUACGAAAUGUACGCGAUUUAGAUGAUAACGUAAAAUUUAUUUUUGAACGUACUGGUGGAUAUGAACAAGAUAGUUUUGCAUUGGCUGCCGAUGUACCAAAUCGGUCAAAAUUAUCCAUUGUUUUAAAUAUAUAUGAUGAGAUAUAAAAAAGUAAUCAUUCGCCAUGGAGCAAGCAGACUAUGUAAAGCUAUUAAAAGGCGGGGGUACACGUUAUAAGGGGACAAGGUUGUAUACAUUAUCGGGCAAAGCAUCAACCGUUGAAGAACGUGCCGCCGAUAAAAUUUGCCCACCGCCACAAUUAAACCCGUAUUACGCGCCAAACCCAAAAAUACAAAGGGUUGGUAAAAUAGCACCAAGAGCGCCUAAACAGCAGCAACGAGGAAAAGCAGACAUGUCACCGGAAAUUUUAAAAUUAAUCUAUGGGUAGUAAACGGCGAAUAGCUAAUAAAAAAGGGAAAAAGUCGAAGAGGGGAAAAAAAACUCAAAAAGGUGGUUUUGGCCCCGCUGCAGGAAUAGCGUUGGGCAUGGCAUUACCCAUGUUAUUAAAUACUGGCACAAGUGUUGUGGGUAGUAUUUUUGGUAAAAAACCAGCACAAAAACCUGUACAAAGUGUAAAUCAAGGGGGUAAUAGAGCCCCGCCUUCAUGGAUGCAAGACAGACCGCCACCCCGACGUCACAGACGGAGAUAUUACGAUGAUGAUUAUUAUUAA